ACAAUACAGAUCCAAGCUUGGGAAUUUGGGUGUCAGUGUGGGAGAGUAGCCCCAGAAGGGGAGGGUGGUGGGAAUUUGAAGUAACUGGAGCAAAGAAAAUCUUCACAAUGGCUGAAUUGGACUUGUGCCUUGCAGUGACAGAAAACACACUGCAGGGUUUGAUGCAACUGGGGAGCCUGUUUGAUUUUUCCUUCAAAAAACUGAGGUUUCCUUUGAAAUCUGAAGAAAAUGAUGAAGAAAGCCUCUGCGCUCAUGUUAGGCCGAGGAAUUUCAACAUUUCAAAGCAAAUUGUGCAAAAAUGCUUCUUCAGAGUUCAUCCAUCUGUAUCACAGGCGUUGGCAGAAAACAGACCAGUGGUUGCGCUCGAGAGCACUAUUAUCACUCAUGGCAUGCCCUAUCCUCACAACCUGAGCACAGCAAAGGAGGUGGAGGCCAUUGUGCGAGCUGAAGAAGCCAUUCCUGCCACGGUUGGAGUGAUUGACGGCAAAGUCCACGUUGGUCUGUCGUCAGAGGAGCUUGACUACCUCGCCCGCUACAAGAGCUCCAUGAAGGUGUCCCGUCGUGAUCUGCCCUACGUCAUUAGCAAAGGGUUGUCUGGAGGAACGACUGUGUCAGCCACUAUGAUAGCAGCACACAGAGCUGGCAUCCCUGUGUUUGUCACAGGUGGCAUUGGAGGAGUUCACAGAGAUGGAGAGAACAGUCUAGAUAUCAGUGCAGAUCUAACAGAGCUGGGCAGGACUCCCAUCACUGUGGUCUCUGCUGGGGUUAAGUCUAUUCUCGACAUCGGUCGCACCCUGGAGUUCCUUGAGACGCAGGGUGUCUGUGUCGCCACUUAUGGAACAUCAAAGAGUUUCCCAGCCUUCUUCUCUCCUCAAAGUGGAUUCACUUCCCCGUAUCAAGUGUGCAACCCCGAAGAGGCUGCAAAACUCAUCUCCAGCACUCUAUCACUGGGCCUCCAAAGCGGUAUCCUGUUAGCUGUACCCAUACCAGAGGAGCAUGCAGCAGCAGGCCAGCAGAUCGAAGAAGCGAUACAGACUGCAGUGACAGAGGCAAGUGCUAAAGGCAUCACGGGAAGAGAUGUGACGCCGUUUAUUCUUCAAAAGGUCAAUGAGCUGACAGAUGGAAAGUCCCUUCAGGCCAACAUUGCUCUCAUUCGUAACAAUACUAAAGUUGGCAGUCAGAUAGCCUGCGCACUGUCAAAGCAGACAAAUAAGAGAAAAUUAAGAAGCACACUUGAUCAUGGAAAAAAAUCUGAAUCAGAUAUUGUUGUCGUAGGGGGAAUAAAUGUGGAUUUUAUUGCCAAAGGAAAAACAAAAACACUUCUUUUUGGACAGACAAACGCAGGAAGUGUCUGUCAGUCAUUUGGCGGUGUAGGGCGGAACAUUGCUGACUCUCUGAGUCGUCUAGGCCAUAAACCCCUGUUCAUCUCUGCCACUGGAGCUGAUUCACACAGUGAUGCUGUGUUAAACUACUGUAAACAUAUGAACACAAGUGGCGUGGCAAGGCUACAAGAUCAACAUACAGCUACUUACUGUGCUGUCAUCACUGAAAGUGGAGAACUGAGUCUUGGACUGGGUGACAUGGAUGUUCAUCAGCAAAUCACAGAGCACUAUGUGUCACAGUUUGAGAAGCAGCUGUCAUCAGCCACUCUUGUGUGUCUCGAUGGAAACAUCCCCACCUCCACUAUAGACUAUGUUUGUUCUGUUGCCAAAAAGUACAACAUUAACGUUUGGUAUGAGCCAACAGAUUCAGAAAAGGCCUGUAAGCCUUUCCUGUCAGACGCCUGGAAGUCGCUGUCCUACUCAUCCCCAAACUUGGCAGAGCUGUGCACCAUGAACCAAACAUUGGGCAUCCAAACACCUGAAGUGCUUCCGAGUUCCCUCGAGGAGGUGCUGAGUGUUGCUGUGGCUCUCUCACGCCCCCUUCUGGAGCAUCUCCAUUGUCUGGUGGUCACUCUGGGAGCUCAUGGAGUCCUGCUGUGUGGAGAGCAUGAUUCAGGCUCAGUCAACCUGCAGCCAAGAAAAGAGAAGAAGAUGAGGAAGCUUUGUGCGAACCACUACCCAGCGCUGACUGUAACUGCAGAAGAGACAAUGAAUGUCUCAGGAGCAGGAGACAGUCUUGCAGGUGCCUUGAUAGCAGGGAUUCUCCAGGGCCAAAAGACUGACAGCUGUGUCAGGAUGGGGCUCCUGGCUGCACGGUUGUCCCUGGCAUCUCCACACCCCAUCAACCCCAUGCUUACCUUAGCCUCUGUGGAUCCCAGUGAUAUCCAGACUCAGAACUGGCCCAAACCGAGCUUCAUGUGGAUUGAUUAAAAAUAUGUUUUAGCUGUUAAACAUUAUUGGAGAUAUGUGUGAAGAUUUGGUUGGUCAUGGAUUGGUUUGUGUAAUAUAUUUUUGCAGUAUUCUAUAAUUUUUUUAAGAUUUAUGAUUGGAUUUUGAAACCUUUUUACAAUAUAUGACAGAAAAUGAAAAUGAGAAGAUAUCAAAUUUUCCAAAAUCUUACUUCAUAUAUUAUGUUGUUCUAUAAUAAUUUAUAUCAUGCAAAACAAAUUAUAAAUUAAUCACUUUUCCCU